AUGAACCAAGAAUGUGAAGAAAUAGGCCCGUCCGCCGCCGCCACCGCCCCCACGAUAUUGCUAGAUGCUAACAAUGUCGGCGGUAUUUCACCCGCGGAGGGAGCGGAGAUGGAAAGUGAAGAUGACUGGGGCCCUGCACUCUUCGAGGAGGAAGAGGAGUGCGUGUCCAUCCUCACGCGGGUGCAGGAGGCCUUACAGCUGCAGAAGGAUCGGGAACUGGCUCUUCCUACAAUUGCCGAAGAUCCAAACGGUGUGGCGGCAGCGUUGGACCGCCUUGAUCGCAUCAUCACUCGCUACCAAGAGUCUCCGCAUCUGUUGCAUGGAUACUUGGAGUUGCUGCUUGGGCCACUUGUGGCAAUGCUGCAAGACCUUCUCCCCACCGCUACGGAUGCCUGGAGCAUGGAAGACUGCAUUGAGGAGACUGAUGGGGACGACGCGAUAACGCAGGGAAAGCCGAAUUACAAACUAGGUGCCAACUACGAUGAGUAUGAUACAGAUGCAGCAAAGUCAGCCAUUCACCACGUUAGCCGCGCCAUUUACGUUGUUGUAAAAACUGCUGGUGAAAAGUGUUGUACCUCUUAUUUUUCCAAUGAUGUGAAACUCUGUGAGGAUGUCUUUUACGCCCUGCGUUUGUGGCAGCAGAGUGCCAAACACCGUCGUGAGUGGGAAGUUCGCUAUUGUCUGUUGCUGUGGCUUUCCAACCUUGUGCUUGUGCCUUUUUCACUCAGCAUCAUUGACUCCGAGGUCCGCGGUGGAUCCCUUUCCAAAGCCGUGCUUCAGACGGCCGUGGCGUUUUUGAGUGACACCUCCAAGUGUCGCGAGGGGGCUGCGCUGCUUGUUGCACGCCUUCUCACAAGGCCGGAUGGGGAGGCACACCGUGUGCGUUUCUUUAUGUACGCCAAGGAGGCAAUUACAGACCCCUUGAGUGGUAGUCUUCUGCUGCAUGGUGUGCUCCUGGCCCUAGCAAAGACGCUGAAGUGUGGGCAGCGCCGCGAAUUGGUGCCCUACGCACCGGGACUUAUUCCAAUUGUCGCUGGUGUGUUGGAGUCUCACAGCAGUGAUGCGCUAGUAUGCAAAGCCGCCGUGAAGGUGGAGCAGCGACUGGCACUCGCCUUAUUGCGGGGUCGUUCGGCCCCCUGGAAGUAUCAAAGAUAUGUGGCGCCGCUCGACAAGAAUUUGGCAGUCGUCACGUCUUGCGUAGGCGUUAUUGGCGUUGCUGCGCAUGUAACUCACACAGACGAGGGCAACGGUAUUGAAAGGAGCAGCAGUUAUAACAACACUGGGGGACAAGCGGAGGUUGAUACCACGUGCGAUGACGAGGCUGUGGUUGAGAAUGACGAGGGAUUGGAAGAAGCCAUUGGUCUGAUGCUUGUGAACCUGAGCCACAAAGACACAGUUGUGCGCUGGAGUGCAGCGAAGGGCGUUGGCCGCAUAUGCGACAGGCUGCCGCGAGUCAUGGCAGAAGAUGUGAUCGCCGCCGUGUUAGAUGUUUUUAGCAAUGAGCAUUCCGACAGUAGCUGGCAUGGUGGACUGCUUGCCGUGGCAGAGUUGUGUCGAAGAAGCAUCUUGCACCCGCGGCACCUUGAUACAGUGCUUUCCUGCAUCACUCAAGGAUUGGCGUUUGACCUGAUUAAGGGAACUUACAGCGUCGGCUCGCAUGUGCGCGAUGCAGCGUGCUACGCUUGCUGGUCCAUUGCCCGUGCAUAUGACGCCUCCGAUAUUGAGGCGCACGUGCAUAAACUUGGAACGAGUCUCGUUGUCACCUCUCUGUUUGACAGAGAAGUUCACGUCCGACGAGCGGCGGCAGCGGCGUUCCAGGAGUGUGUUGGGCGGCUAGGAAAUUUUCCGGAUGGCAUCCGCCUCGUUACGACGAUGGAUUUCUUCUCUCUUUCAUCGCUGCAGAACGCUUACCUGCAUGUUGCCCCAUUAGUGGCAGAGAAUGCCUCCUACCGGGAGCGCAUGCUUGAGGAACUUGUGGCGAACAAACUACUGCAUUGGGAUCGACGUGUGCGUUGCUGUGCGGCACAGGCAUUAGGUAUUCUUUCCACGCUUGAAGUAAACAAAGUCGUUUGUGAGAUUGCGUGGGAGCUGUUACGUCGCGUCACAGAUGACUCGGUCGCUACACGUCACGGUGCCAUUCUCGGUAUUGCGGAGAUGAUCGAGGCUCUAGACGCCGCUGCGUGGCCGGAAGAGCUUAUCCUCCAGUUUGCAACGCUGACGCCACGCAUAGAUGCCGCACGCUUGUUUCGCUCUCGUGGUGGGGAGUACGUCCGGCAAGCCUGCUGCCGUCUGCUUGCCGCCGUCGCCCAUCGCCGCCUGAAUCUGCCGGAGACCGUGGAGGUGCAGAAGAUGGGUGGCGCUGUGGCGCGCGCCAAAACGUUGGGCAAGCUGCAGGAGUUUUUUGAAGACACCUGGAAGCAAAUUCUUGAGUGGCUGCAGUUUGAGGCGGUUAACACGUAUGAAGUGUUUGCGGCGACGUACUACACGGAGUUCAUGGCCCCCUUCCACCACAAGGUGCUGGAGAAGAUGUUGGACGGCAGCGGGGAGGGACGCAACCCGAUGGAGCGCCGUGGGUAUCUUCUCGCCAUGGGCGCGUUGCCGUGGAGCGUUAUCUCUGCAGCCCCCCUCACAACCACAACCACAACAGUAGAGGAGGAGCAGGCGUACUUUGUGCUGCUUCUCCGUGCCACCAUGGAAAACACCAGGCCAGAGAAGCGGAAAGAGUUGCAGGAUGCGGAGUCGCGCCGCAACGCGGUGCGUUCGCUGCGAAAAAUACUGCUUCGUAUUCCCUCAUGGGCUUUGCAGUUAAUCCCCGACUUGUACGAAUGUGUUGUGCAGCAUAUUCUGCAUGCCAUGGACGACUAUGCCGCAGACCGUCGCGGCGACGUUGGUUCCUUCGUACGACUGGAGGCGAUUGAUGCCGUGCCGGCUGUUGUAAAGUAUGGAGUGCACUGUGGCUGCUGUAGCCCGCAGCUGACGCUCCGCGUAGUGCAGGCGCUCCUCAAGCAAGCCAUGGAGAAGCUGGAUCGGCUCCGUGGGCGGGCGGUAGACAGCCUGUUGCAGCUCAUUCAGCUUCCCGCCGAACUACUAGGCAGGGAGGGGGAAGCUGGCAUCGCUGUGCUUUACAAUGCUCUUAGCGAAAACAAGAUGGCUGAAUGGUCUUCACCGCAGGUUGCCUUCAUGACAUUGGCGCGGCCCCUGCUACAAACUGAAUUGUUUGCACCAUGUGUGGUGGAGGGUCUUGUGGUCUCAGCUGGGUCGCUCUCGUUGCAUAUCAUGCAACCAGCCGUUGAUGCAUUUUUGCACGGCUUUCAGGCCUCAUUGGAAGAUGGCGCGCGCCUCUCGUAUGUGUUGAUUGAGGUUGCAGCGAAGUAUACGCACAACGAGCGCGUUGUGGUGCCAUUGUGCGUCACAAUUAGUCGUCUCAUGGUCGCAGGGGUCUUUGACGAGUCCUGCCACGUAAACGUGGUGGAGAUUCUUCGGCGUGAAUUGAAACACUUUUCCACCAGCAUUCACGUUCUUUUACCGCUCGUUGGCGUGCUUGGGGAUUUCUGUCGCAGCAGCAUCCCCGACGCACGUGUGGGGGCCUGGAAGCUCAGCCUUGUGAUGAUCGCGAGCCGCUACCCCAAAGUCCGGGCGAAGAUGGCCACCGACAUGUACACAGCCCUGCUUCUUUUUACAUCCGCCGAGGUUUCUGCGGGCUGCACAAGCGCGAUGCAGCACCUUGCAGCGACGCAGUGGGACGCCAGCGAGGCGGAGACGGUGCGCCGCUCGCGUGACGAGCUGUACGGCAUGCUGAACAUAUCCCCGCCAACCAAAGGCGCCGGCGGUGACGAGAUAGAGGCGACGAAGAAGCCGACGAGCCGACCGGUGGCGGGUUCGUACUUUCACCUUGUGCACGAGGCGGGGUACUGA